GUGGCGGAGGGGGCCGCGCAGGAGGCGCAAAACGCCAAGGCGCCAGGCGUCCUCUCCUCCUCCUCUCCGUCCUCCCCCUCCCGCUCCUGGGGCCAUGGCUGCCCGUUAAUGGCGGAGGCAGAGCCCGCUCGGACGGCGACGGCAAUGCUGCCCAGGAGGGCCGACCUGGAGCCGCGGCGGCUUGGAGGCAGGGAGCCGCGGCCGCUGCUUUAGGAGGACGAAGAGGGAGGCAGGCGGGCAAGGAAGGAAGAAGGGCGGGAGGGAGGGAGGCGGGGAACCAAGGAGGCGGCUGCAGCCCCCUCCUCCGCCGCCUCCUCCUCCUCCUCGGCUGGGGCGGAGGCCAGUCUGCUACAUAUUCAAUGAUCAGAAACAGAAUGGCUGCGAAGGAGAAGUUGGAAGCAAUGUUAAAUGUGGCCUUGCGGGUCCCGAGCAUCAUGCUUUUGGACGUCUUGUACAGAUGGGAUGUCAGUUCCUUCUUCCAGCAGAUCCAGAGAAGUAGCCUGAACAACAAUCCCCUCUUCCAAUACAAGUACCUGGCUCUUAAUAUGCAUUAUGUGGGUUACAUCUUAAGUGUUGUACUCUUAACCUUACCAAGACAGCACCUAGUUCAACUCUACCUGUAUUUUCUAACUGCCCUGUUGCUGUAUGCUGGACAUCAGAUCUCAAGGGAUUAUGUAAAGAGUGAACUGGAGUCUGGAUAUGAAGGGCCAAUGUAUCUAGAACCGCUUUCCAUGAAUCGUUUCAUGACAGCCUUAAUUGGUCAGCUUGUGGUGUGCACCCUUUGCUCCUGUGUCAUGAAAACCAAACAGAUCUGGCUCUUCUCUGCUCACAUGCUCCCUCUUCUGGCACGACUCUGCCUGGUCCCUCUGGAAACAAUCGUGAUCAUCAACAAAUUUGCGAUGAUUUUCACUGGCUUGGAAGUUCUUUAUUUUCUGGCGUCUAAUCUUCUGGUACCGUACAAUCUGGCAAAGUCUGCAUACAGAGAACUUGUCCAGGUGGUUGAAGUUUAUGGCCUCCUGGCCUUAGGGAUGUCUUUGUGGAACCAGCUGGUAGUCCCUGUCCUCUUCAUGGUCUUUUGGCUUGUGUUAUUUGCUCUUCAAAUCUACUCUUACUUCAGCACACGAGAUCAGCCUGCAUCUAGGGAGAGGCUGCUCUUUCUAUUUCUGACAAGUAUUGCAGAGUGCUGCAGCACGCCCUAUUCUCUUCUGGGGUUGGUGUUUACAGUGUCCUUUGUGGCACUUGGAGUUCUAACCCUCUGCAAGUUUUACCUGCAAGGCUACCGAGCGUUCAUGAAUGACCCAGCUAUGAACAGAGGGAUGACAGAAGGAAUCACGCUUCUAAUCCUGGCGGUGCAAACUGGAUUGAUUGAGCUCCAAGUUGUCCAUCGGGCCUUCUUGCUCAGUAUUAUCCUCUUCAUUGUGGUUGCAUCCAUCCUUCAGUCCAUGCUUGAGAUUGCAGAUCCCAUUGUCCUAGCACUGGGAGCUUCAAGAGACAAGAGCCUCUGGAAACAUUUCCGUGCUGUGAGCUUGUGCUUGUUCCUACUGGUUUUCCCAGCAUACAUGGCCUACAUGAUAUGUCAGUUUUUCCACAUGGAUUUCUGGUUGCUGAUCAUUAUUUCCAGCAGUAUUCUCACUUCUCUCCAGGUACUUGGAACACUCUUCAUUUACGUCUUGUUUAUGGUUGAGGAAUUCAGAAAAGAGCCAGUAGAAAACAUGGAUGAUGUCAUUUACUACGUCAAUGGCACCUAUCGACUGCUAGAGUUCCUUGUUGCUCUCUGUGUUGUGGCUUAUGGUGUAUCAGAAACCAUCUUUGGAGAGUGGACGGUGAUGGGCUCCAUGAUCAUCUUCAUUCACUCCUACUACAAUGUGUGGCUCCGUGCGCAGCUGGGGUGGAAAAGCUUUCUCCUCCGCAGAGAUGCUGUGAAUAAAAUCAAAUCACUGCCCACUGCUACCAAAGACCAGUUGGAACAACACAAUGAUAUCUGUGCCAUCUGCUACCAGGACAUGAAGUCUGCUAUCAUCACUCCUUGUGGCCAUUUCUUUCAUGCGGGCUGCCUUAAGAAAUGGCUGUAUGUGCAAGAAACCUGUCCCCUAUGCCACUGCCAACUUAAAAACCCUACUCAGCUCAUGGGCCAAGGACCAGAGCAGCCCUUGCCACAACCAAAUCCUGGAGCGGAGCAAAAUACUGUUCAGCAAGAAGCUACAGGGCCCCCUGGUGUUGAGCGCCAGGAGGGGCCAAGUGGUGGACCUAUUGACCAGGGACAAGCUGUCAAAGAGCUGGGUCUCCUACAAGACUCUGCUGAUGCCAAGGAUGCCUCGGUCAGUCUGAGCAACGCAUCUUCUAGUGAAGCCAGCCAGAAGGAGAUGACCGCAGAAGGAGUGGCCAAAGAAGAGGCAGAGGUUUUAACGCGGGACACGGGGGGCUGUAUCCAGAACUGAAGUAGCAGAGACUGGUGCAAGAAUAAGCACUCCAGAGCCACUCCGUUCGGUGGACAGAAUCCGACCCUUUUUAUUGUAAUAAGCAAGUUUAACUCUCAGAAUGCUGGCCAAAAUGUAUUCAUAAGAUCCCAUGCUGAUUUCUGUGAGCUGCUUGGUUUACAGGGCUGCCAGUGCAUUCCACUGGAAACUAACUUUUAGAAUCUGUCGUCAUGUUGCAAAUGGGCAGAAGCUGGAAAGGAGAACUGAGUAUUUUGGGAAUUGAAAAGUAGGGAGGGCAGAAACAUGAGGAAGUAGGGGGAGGAAAGAAGACAGGUGAAACGAAAGUCAGUGUUUCUGAUGAAGGGAGAAUAAAACGAAGGACAAACCAGGGAUUUGUAUCCCUGGCCUUGUUUUUCAGCAAUGGAUGGAGUCAAGUACGUUGGCAAAACUCUUGUAGAGGCCAGAAGUUUUGAAAAUGGAAAUGUAUCAAGGAUUGUGUUGGAACAGGGCAGCACUCAGUAUGUCAGAUGUAGUGCUUUGGGCAUGUUGGGUAGGGCAUUUGCAUUCAUGUAAUCUAUAGCAAUUCUUGACUUUUUCUGAUGGAGUCUUCAACACUUUAAUGUUUAGGAAUCUUUUUGUUACUCAAUAUUCUGGACAGUGUAGGCUGUGUGAAGUCAACUAAAGCUCCAGUGAACUCAGUCUAUGCUUCACUAUUGAGUGCAGAUGAGACGUGGGAGGAGUUUUAGAUCAUGACUGAAGCCACUUGGUGCUGUUCAGAUCUGUGUAGUGUUUAAUUUCUUGCAGCUGAAUUAAAGCAGUAUUAAUCUCUUGGCAAUAUUUGCACCUUUGGGAAUGAGUACAUAAAUUGUAUGAUCAAAUGCCGCAAAUGCCACUUCAGAGGCUGUUACUAGGAUUUGCACCUUUUUCUCCUAUGACAACAAUGUGUGUGUAUUCAAAUUUUUACAUUUAUCAUGGCUUUCAGGUAGAAAUAGGGGCUGGGGGUGGGAUGGGAGCUGGCAAUUUUUUAAUGUGAAUUUUGAUAUGAAAAGGAACUAGUCGUUUAUUUAUACACUAGGCUUGGCGCUUAAAAGUGUUUUUCCUCCCUCCCCUUUAAGAAUUGUUGUUCCGACUGUGUAAUGUGGAUAUUAUUUUAUUUUUUAGUAGUGGGUAUGGAUGUAGAUUGACAGACAUAGCUGAAUGUCUCAAUAAACUCCAUUUGAAGAUUUUGUA